GCAACAAGACUUUCUUCAGUUGUUCUCUGUUAUUGCUAACGGGUUAGCUAUAGUAGAUAGCCGAGUCACUCAGAGUUGUGAUGGGAGUGUAUACACUAGUUAUGGUCAUGUAAGAAAUAACACAGAAAUGGCGACCAGCUAAUUAACUCAAAACAUUAGCAAAGGUUUCCUGAGGCUUUAAUCUCUCCGUCUGGUUCAAUACACACAACCACAAUCACGGGGAAGAUGAAAGUAAAUUGUGCAUUUCAUUUGGAAAUCAAGGCCCCAGAGUCUGGAGGAAGAGUGGAGAGGCACAGAAUCCAAGUUGCUUGAAGUCCAGUGUGAAGUUUCCACAGUCAGUGAUGAUUUGGGGUGCCAGGUCAUCUGCUGGUGUUGGUCCACUGUGUUUUCUCAAGUCGAGAGUCGAUACAGCUGCCUGAUUUGCAAUGGAGCUCCACACCAGCGAACUGAAUGACGGAUAUGAUUGGGGUCGCCUGAAUUUGCAGUCUGUAACGGAGCAGAGCUCGUUGGAUGAUUUUCUGGCCACGGCUGAACUGGCAGGAACAGAAUUUACUGCAGAGAAACUGAACAUCAGAUUGGUGCCAGCUGAAGCCAGGAGUGGCCUACUGACAGCUGAGGAAUCCAAGAGACUGAAGAAGCUCCAUGAUGACAACAGACAGUUCCUCCGCAUACCACGAAGACCGCACUGGGAUGAGAACACAAGCCCCGAGCUCCUCCAGCAGGCCGAAAGAGACAGCUUCCUGACAUGGAGACGAGAGCUGGCAAGGCUGGAGGAGGAACAGAAACUGAUUCUUACCCCUUUUGAGAGGAACCUGGAUUUUUGGAGGCAGCUUUGGAGAGUUAUCGAGAGAAGUGAUGUUGUGGUCCAGAUAGUGGAUGCCAGAAACCCUUUGCUGUUCCGAUGUCCUGAUCUAGAGAAAUACGUCGAAGAGGUCUCCAGUCACAAGGUGAACAUGCUACUGUUGAACAAAGCAGAUCUGCUUACCCGAGAGCAGCGUCGUGCCUGGGCCAAGCAUUUUCAGAAAGAAGGCAUCAGAGCAGCGUUCUGGUCUGCGCUGGCUGAGGCACAGCGGCUGGACGCCGAAGAAAAGGGAGAAGAUCUCGAUGACCUUCAGGAGUCAAGCGAUGCAGAAUGUAGGGCGGCCCAGGCCUCAGAGGAAAGGAGUCGAGAGGACGAGGAAGAUGACGAAGAAGAGGACACGACAGCGAGUUUUGAAGACUGCACUUCAGAUGUAGACUGGCAAACCUGCUCUGAGGGAUCAGGAGACGAAAAGGACGAAGAGAAGUGUGCAGCCUCUUCAGCUUGUGCUUCUUUUUAUAACUCGAGCCGUCUGCUGCGCAAAGACGAACUGCUGGAAAUGUUCAAAUCUGCACAUACUGGACCCAAGUGUAAGAACGGCCAAUUCACAGUAGGACUGGUGGGUUAUCCGAAUGUUGGCAAAAGCUCCACCAUCAACACCAUCUUUAGGAAUAAGAAAGUCUCGGUGUCAGCAACACCUGGACACACAAAGCACUUUCAGACAUUGUUUGUUGAACCGGGUCUUUGCCUGUGUGACUGUCCUGGCCUAGUCAUGCCUUCCUUCAUGUCCACCAAAGCCGAGAUGAUCUGCAGCGGGAUUCUCCCCAUCGACCAGAUGCGAGACCACGUCCCGGCCAUCUCUCUCGUUUGUCAGACAAUUCCACGAGCUGUGCUGGAGGGAACCUACGGCAUCAACAUCGUCAGACCAAGAGAGGACGAAGAGCCAGAUCGCUCGCCCACCUCUGAGGAACUGCUUUCAGCUUAUGGAUAUAUGAGGGGCUUCAUGACAGCACACGGUCAGCCAGACCAGUCCAGAUCUGCCCGCUAUGUCCUGAAAGACUAUGUUACCGGAAAGCUGCUCUAUUGUCACCCUCCUCCUCUCAUCAAUGCUAAAGACUUCCAGCCUCAGCACUUGAAGUUUGUAAACCAAACUAUUAAGAGUGGUCCUUCCACGUGUACCAAUAAACCUCCCAAGAUCAAACAGAUUGAAAACACUGUUGAUAAAACUUUCUUUCACCAGGAGAACGUCCGGGCACUAACAAAGGGAGUGCAGAUGGUGAUGGGCUACAAACCUGGCAGUGGCCCACAAGCGCAAGGAAAAGCAGGCGCAGAACAGCAAGCUGGGAAACCUUGGAAAAAGCACGGCAACAGGAACAAGAAGGAGAAAGUGAGAAGACUCAAUAAACACCUGGACGCUUGAACGUUGCCGUGAUAUGGAAGACGAGCAAAGACACUGAAACAGUUCCUAUUUGAGGCUGAUGGAAAUAUCUGAACUUAAAAUAAAAGCCACUUUCUAAGAAUCCAUUCGCAAUUACACCAUGAAAAUAAUACAUUUCUGCAUGAUCCAAACUGAUUUUGUAUUGUUGCCACAUUUAUAAUCAAUGAAGCACCCCUCUUGAUGUGUCUAAAA